AUGAUGUGGAAAGGUAGGAUGAUAGCGUUGAAAAUAUGCCAUCAUAUAGCCAUUACUUUGACAAAAGUGUCAAAACAAAACAAAGAGUUUAGUGCUUACACACCCAGGAAAGCAAAAUUACUGAAGGAAAACCGUAAAUUAAAAAGGAAACUCUUCAGCAUAAACAGUCGACUUGCUGACAUAUUGCAGGAUAUUAAAAGAAAACAGUUUGACACUCUGUGACAGAUUCUUACCACAACAGGCAGCAAUGUUUGUUAAAUAGCAGGUUAUACAAUGCUACAAACCUUCACAAGGGUGAAGAUUUUAUCUGGAAUUUGAAGCGAUGUUUUAUGCUGCAUAUUAAAGGUCCAUGAAUGUAUAGGUCGCUAGCUUCUGUUGUAG